AUGUCACGUUCAUUUCUACAGGUGUUAUUCGUCAUGGAAAAGACAGAUGGAGGCGCAAACGCCGUCGUGAUGAUCGACCGAAUUAUGAUGAACGUUAGGAAAUGUAUGGCUGCUGAACAAAAAACCGAAGUCCUGUCACAAACAGCAACAAUCGCCUUGCCGUCCUCAUCGCUCGCCAGCGAAAAUUCACAUCCGCUUUCCAGCAGCAGUGGGAUAUCGUCCCAAGCAGCAAAUUCUAGAAUAGAGUUAGCUCAACUGGCGUUAAUCGACGAUCGGGUUCGAGCAAAGUUGGCUGAACGUGAGGACUCGAAAAAGUUGGUCAGACAGUUGGUUCAUGAAGCUGAUUCCAUAAAAAGCAAGGAGAGGAAAUCUGGAGAAGUGAAAAGUAAAGAAAUAGAUCGACCAGGACGAUCCACCGAAAGGUUGGCAUCGACUGCAGAAGUCAUGUCGCCUGCAGGUUUACUGUCAGCCUACCCCAAGAGGCGAGUGUUCGUUCAGCCGAAACGUGGCAUUCCUGACAUGGAACAUUCAAAGGAAUUAGUUGGAGCUUCAGUACCACCCAUGCCUCCACCAUCUCCAUUGGCGAAGCCAGAAGAAUUUGAUCCUUUGACGGAUCUCCUCGGCAAGGAACUGGUUAAUUUUCUCGAUCCAAACUAUGUGACAAAAGAUGAUGAAGAAGAACCUGACUACGUCGACCAAGUAUGUUGA